UUCAAAGGAAAAUUAUAGGAGCGGAGGGAGUCAGUGAGGGAUGCAGAUUGCUUUGUUUAAAUAGAUUAUGAUAUUGGCUCAAAGAAGCACAAAGGAAAGUUCGAAGAAUUCAAAUCAAAUCAAGAAAAUGAGCAGCAUUGUCACUCCACUCUCUUCCGAUGAUCGCGUUUUCCAGAUCGAGAACUCCGCCAAAGCCGUCGGGACUGUCACCGGAGUUAAAUAUAAAGAUGGAAAUGUUUCGGGGGCGUCGAAGAGUUCUAAUAAAAGAAGCCGUUCUGUUCAUCGUCAUUCCGGCAUGAUGGUUAAUCGAUAUUGGAUUACCUUGUACCUUGUGCUUUCAUAUCUUUUUAAAGUUUUGGAUGCCAGUGCUGGUGAUGCUGAUCCUCUUUACAGGGCCUGCAUUGGACAAUGUGAAAAAACUGGCUGUGUUGGGGAAAGAUGCUUUCCACAUUGCAAAUUUUCUUCAGAUGGUGUCUCAACUGAUGGUCCAUGGUACAUGCAAGAACCUCUUUACUUGCAAUGGAAGAUAUGGGAUUGUCAAAGUGACUGUCGGUACAACUGUAUGGUUGACAGAGAGAAAGAAAGAGAUGCACUUGGUGAUGGACCUGUUAAGUAUCAUGGUAAAUGGCCAUUCAAACGUGUUUAUGGGAUUCAGGAGCCAGCAUCUGUGGCCUUCUCUGCUGUCAACUUUGCAAUGCAUUUCCAUGGUUGGCUUUCCUUUUUCACUCUUCUAUACUAUAGAUUACCUCUAAAACCAAACACGAAGGCAUACUAUGAAUUUUCCAGUUUGUGGCACAUCUACGCACUUUUAUCAAUGAACUCUUGGUUCUGGAGUGCCAUUUUUCAUAGCCGCACAAACUCUUGGCAAAGAAUUUGCCAUUCUAAUAGUGAUGUGGACUUGACAGAGAAGAUAGACUACUCAUCUGCAGUGGCAUUACUCGGUUACUCGCUCAUUUUGGCUAUACUAAGAUGUUUUAAUGUGAGAGAUGAGGCUUCUAGAGUCAUGGCUGCUGCUCCGCUGCUUGCUUUUGUUACUACCCAUAUAUUGUACCUCAACUGCUAUAAACUAGACUAUGGAUGGAACAUGAAAGUUUGUGGUGUCAUGGGAGUGGCUCAGCUUCUCAUCUGGGCCGUUUGGGCCGGUGUCAGUCAGCAUCCUUCUCGGUGGAAGUUGUGGACAGUGGUCUUUGGAGGUGGCUUGGCAAUGCUCUUAGAAAUUUAUGACUUCCCACCGUAUUAUGGUUUUUUGGAUGCGCACGCACUCUGGCAUGCUGCUACAAUCCCUCUUACCUAUGUUUGGUGGAGUUUUAUCAAGGAUGACGCAGAGUUCCAAACCUCUAAUUUACUUAAUAAGGUAAAAUAGGUUUCUCCAAAAACUAAAACCUAGAUGAUCUGUGAGUGCUCUAGCGAGGAUGGAUGCUACAGGAAUCAUAUUACCUUUUUUUAUUUUCAAAAUGCAGUUUGAGAUUCCAUUUGGGUUUGUGAAAAUGGAACUUUGACAUGAAAAUAUAACCUUUCUGAUAGCUUCAUCCAUUGUAUUGAAGUGUUUAUUUACUUUCGCUUUACGGAACAAAAGAACUAGGGUUGAUAUGCAUGCUGCAAUUAUGUUGACCAACUUUCAAAUUAAGAAGUGGAAGUCUCUUCUUUCUCAA